UGAAAUAUAAAGGGCUAGCUGAAAACCCUAGUUUCUGAUCAUAUCCUUUCCCCUUCCCGUUCCCUUCAGCAGAUCGCCGACGACAGCGGCGGUGACAGGGAAACAUGGUCCACGUCGCCUUUUAUCGUAACUAUGGGAAGACCUUUAAGAAGCCUCGUCGUCCCUAUGAAAAGGAGCGAUUGGAUGCAGAGUUGAAGCUCGUAGGAGAAUAUGGAUUGAGGUGCAAGAGGGAGCUUUGGAGAGUUCAGUAUGCUUUGAGCCGUAUCAGAAAUGCUGCAAGAAUGCUUCUGACAUUAGACGAGAAGGACCCACGUCGUAUUUUUGAAGGCGAAGCACUCAUGAGGAGGAUGAACAGAUAUGGGUUAUUGGAUGAGAGCCAGAACAAGCUCGAUUAUGUCUUGUCUCUCACUGUGGAGAACUUUCUUGAGCGUCGUCUCCAAACCCUCGUCUUCAAGACUGGCAUGGCUAAGUCUAUCCAUCAUGCAAGAGUGCUAAUUAGGCAAAGGCAUAUCAGGGUUGGAAGGCAGGUGGUGAAUGUUCCGUCCUUUAUGGUGAGACUGGACUCCCAGAAGCACAUUGACUUCUCUCUCACUAGUCCUUUCGGUGGUGGGCGUCCUGGAAGAGUAAAGAGAAAGAACCAAAAAGCUGCUGCAAAGAAGGCUUCUGGUGGAGAUGGAGAUGAGGAUGAUGAAGAAUGAUCUCUUAUUUUCAUAUGUGGAGCUUAAUUCCAAUGUAGUACUGUCUUGUAUCUGCAAUUUUUGAGUUAAUUUUGCUCUCUAGGCUUUUGGACUACAUUUACGUUGAAGCUGUUAUCCUGGUAAUUAAGAGAGAACUAUGUCUAGGUAUGAAUUUGAUCUAAAUUCCAAAGCUCGACCUAUUUUUACUACUUAAUUGGCUGCCUGCUUGUUUUA